AUGGAUCCUAGGGAACUCUUUGGUGAAGAGGGUGAGGUGAACGAGUCCAUGGAGGGUUCUCCGAACCGAGGAGAUGCGUCCCCACCCACGCGACGCUUCGCCCACACCCCGUUUCGCCACUUCGCGCGCUGCGCCACCGAGGGAGGAGCCGCGGCAGCCGCUGCGGACUCCCAAUCCGUUUCCCCAGCGCUCCUUCGAGCUCUCAGAGCUGCUCGAGCUCACGGAGCCGCGGUAUUCGCCGCACGUGCAGAAGACGUGCCCCUGGAUCCCGUCAUCUCCAACCCCUUGGACGAAGCUCAGUCCGAGCAGGUUGCGGCGCAGAUGGCUCUCAUGCGCUCCCAGCGCUCCGAGCUGCGGCCUCUGCUGAACCCCAGCACUGCCGACUACGGCUUCCGGCCUCGCGACUCCGCGGAGGCUUGUCGCCUGGCGUUCCGGCAGUCUCUCGCGCUGCACGCCAUUGGGUCCGCGGCCCGUACUCCGGAGGAAUUCGCACGCUCUACGACUGUCGCGGAGUAUUGCGAGAGGCUGCGGCUGCAAGCCCAGCAGAAGUCCGUGCCCGCCAUGCGGACGUACCCGGUGGUACUUAGCCCGGGGGAAGACUCAAUUGAGUACGAAGCUCAGUUCGAGUCUUGGGCCAAGCACAGCCGGAAGCUCAGCUCCAUGGAUGCUCUCCGAGCCAGCUUCAAUGAAGUGGAUGUUCGCAUUGAACGCAAGCUCCGCUUCGAUUUCGCGAAGGUACGAGCUAAGCGCAGCCUCUCGGCACUCGCCCAGCCGCGGACCCAGUUUAGCGCUGCGCGCUUCGCUCCUUCGAGCACUCCAGCCGCUCCUUCCCGCGAGGGAGUGAGCGCUGUGGCUCAGGGUCACCCUCGGAGGAAUGUGGCUGACCCAGCAGCUCCCCAGCUUAUUGCAGGGAAGCGCGGGAUGGCCGGCGUGCCGGCCUUGAGCCCUCGGGGCGCUGGUAAUCAAGGUGAUCAAAAGCGUCCACGACGUCUUGGCAAUCCUGGCGGAGGGGUACCUCAAACUCCCAUGGGUUCUGGGAAUUCCCAUGCUCAUCGAGCAGCGCCGGUGGAGGACGAGCCAAGCCGCCUCCCGACGUUCGACGAGUUGCGCGAGACUCGGCAACAGGCGGAUCGCCUUCGGGACCACGUCCACGACAUCGACGCGCCUCUGGCACGUUGUGCGACUGAUCUCGACAGGCUCGCUGAGUGCCUGGAGUGGCUUGGGGUGCCUCGGGAGGUCUGGGACCGACUUGGGACCUUGGAGAACGACUUCGUUCGCCUGAACGGGUGGGUGAACUACUUUCGCGAUCGCGAAGAGCGACACGCUCGAGAGUUCGCGGAGCUACAGCGGCACCAGGCUUUGCUCCAGGGUCAGCUCGAGCUCCUGGCCCGCAUGCAGGCCUCGCCUACCGCGCCUCCUGCGCUUGCGGCUCCUGCAGUACCCGCGGCACUCCCGCCUGCCCCUGCGGAGCCCGCGUUGAUGGUCGCGUGGCGACUGCGUCCUCGACGACCGCGACCUCCGCGCCUGUGA